GGCGGCCGCUGAGCCACCGGCCCCGCACCGGAACGAUGCACCGGGGGGAAAGCGGGCCAGCCCAGUUGAAGUUUGGCUACGUGAGCCCCGUGGCGUUUGGCCUAGGAGAGCCUACCGCUUCCCUGGGACCUGUGAAAUGGUCAAGACGACUGCAGCUUUGCGAGGAACUAGUGGAAGUGGCCGGAGGGACAUAUUGAGCGUGAGAAGGGGCUUGCAGCCUGGGGGUCUGUGGCUUUCAGGUGUUUUGGGGCAAAGGAAGAGGUCAUGCCUCUCCUUUUCCCUUGGGGCCUAGGCACUCCUGUUACCUAAUCGGCAGUAGAAGACAGUGGAGAAAAUAUAGCUUAGUAUGUUUCUUCAGGUCAUCUGUGAAGCACUCACUUUUGCCUUGCAUAGCAUAGAGAGGGAAUGAUGGAUGUGUCUGAGUGUUGACACAGAAUCCUGAGCCACAAGGUAUUGGCCAGACAGAACUGCAGGGCUGUGUGACACUAGGUGACAGUGCAUGUGCAAUCCUGCACACUCAGGACAGCAAGCUACCCUGUUUUAGAAGUGCCUGGGGAUUUCUUCUAUACCUAAUGUAGCCUUUGUUUCCAACAGUUUUGACACGUCUGCCAUUUACAUUGUGUAAUCCAUGUGCGGAUCAUGGAAGUGAGUGAAUUUUCUUUGUACUAUGCAGUUUACAACAGAUGUACAUGCUCCCAGGAAUACAGAGAGCAGCCUUGAAGCAGGCAGAGAAGACUGAAAACAUAAGUGAAAGCAGCCCUGGAACAUUGUGUUGUACAGUUAGUCUGCCUAAAGCUUUUGUUAACAGGUCCCAUGCUCAUCAGCAGUCUCAUAAUCCUAUAGUCAAGAUCCAGUAGCCUCAACAAAGUCUAUGUGACUCUACAGUAUACUUAGGCUAAAACCAAACAGCACUUUUUAAACCACCUUUAAUUGAAAAUUGACUUUACAGCUCAGGUUGAAAAACUGUCCUCCAUAGGUGAAAAUUAGGGUUUUCUCCUGUUUGAUUGCUUUUUAAACACCUGUGACACAGUUCAUCAUGAAGAGCUGUGGCUGGAUCCAGGAUACAGCUGCUGUUCCAGUGGUAGAGCUCCCCAAUGUAAUUACAGCCCUGCAGAAGAUCAAUACAUGGUUAAUGCUGGAAGGGAUUUUUUGAUUUAUUUGGUCUAGGACCAGGAGCUACUGAAGGCUUUCCAAUACAUUAAGUACACCAUGAAAACAUCUAAGCCAUUUCUAGACACUAAAGCACUUGAUCUCUCUGCUAAGCACAUUAUAUCUUGCUUCACUCAUCCUGUUCUCAGUUUUUCUUCUGUUCCAACACUAACAUUGCACAUUUGAGUCUAUAUCUCAAAUGCUUGUAACAGUGAUAUCUUAACACUGCAGUCCUACAGUAUUGGUCCUUUCCUCAUGCUUUCCACAUCACCAUGUAAAUAGAUUUUUUGCACCUGGACCUGCAGUUGCAUGUAAGUGCCCAGUAUUGGUAUUAAAUGGGCAUUUCAUGGGCUUCUCUGUUCAACCUUGCCAUUCAUGGAUUUCACUUAGACCAAAUGCAUGGACCUAAAUGGUGACAAUGACUGAAAAUUGCCUUUGUUGGGUAAUAAAUCAACAUGAGCUAUUAACAGAGAAUGUGUCUGAAGUCUACGUUUUUAUUUUUAAAAGAAAGACAAGCAAAGGUGCGGCUGUGGAGCAGGAAGGAGCGUGGCAGUUCAGUUACCUGUCAUGGCCCUUGCCUUCUUGUGCCAAGGACCAUAUAGGUUUAGUGCUGACUUUGCUGAAUGUACUUGUUCUGUACUGGCAGAGUCAAACAGCUGUCCAUGCCUGGCUUUAUCUUCUCUUCCAUAUUUAAGAACUUUAAUUGGGCAUGACAUAAUGUAAUCAGUUAAGCCAUUUAAAUAAAAGGGAAAACCUCACGGGUUGAUGUGCCUGAAACCUAUGGUCAUCGGCUCUCUGAUGGAGAUGUUGCAGAAGAGAGAGGCCACUUAAAACUGCCUCAUUUGCCUCUUACUGCCAGUGGGAAGUGCAACAGAAGCUCAUUUGAAAAGCGCUGUUUGUGGUCACAGCAGCACCAAGGGGGUGUUACAAGUUAAGAAAAAACACACAGUGCUUGUUUGCAGGCUACUGCUUCAGAGGCCGUCAGGUCAAAACAUAGCUGGCACCUUUCCUCUUAAGUUUGCCGCUGAAGAGAUAUCCAGUUCUCCAGCUUUUUUAUCCCUUUCCCCUAACAUUUAUUUAAUUUGUCAAGGCUUAUUUUAUGGCAUUAAAAACACCAGGCAUAAAGCCCUUAAUAACUUAGACCAGUUACCUUUAAAUUGUCCCCGUCUGUGGGCUGAGUUGUACCCAGGUGGAUGAGAGGUGGCAGAGGCAGCGAGGGGCAGACAACCUUUUCAGGUUUAUCAGGUCCGCUGUACAUGCCUGUUCUUCACCAGCAAAUCUCCACAGUCUGAUCAACUCUGCUCCCUUGCAGAUCUGCAGGAGCCCAUUUACACACCCCUGCCUCUGUGGCACCCUCCUCUUUCUUGAUAGUCCUGUCAUUUCCAAGACUUCUGUACUCAUGAGAAACAAGCCCAGGUGCAGGGGAUAGAGAGAAGGGCAGGCACAGGGGCUGUGAUGGAGGAUAAUGUUCCCCACCACCUUUUAAGCAAAAGUUGCAGAGGGACCAUUGUGUAUCAAUCUCCAGUGAGAGGCUAUCUCUAUGUAAACCUCCCCCUUCAAGAGCUGCGCAGGGCCAGAGGAGGACAGGAAAUGUGAGACAUGAUUCCUAGGGAAGCUUCACUUUUCCUUCCCUAUAGCACUUCCAGUCGUCAUGCAAAAGACCUGCUCAGCUAACCCCCUGAAUGAUAGCUGAUGGUUAGCCUGGUGGAAGGCUGUCACCAUCCCAAGUGAGUAUGACUGACAAAACAGUUCUUUUUUUUAGGUAGUGCAUGAUAUUCCCUCUCUUGAGUGAAGGUCAAACAGAACAAGACCCUUUCUUCCCCUCCUACCCUUGCUUUAUUUCAUUAAACAUAAACCAAGUAGUGCUCCUCAUUCCUUGUUCCAGAUGACUUCCCUUGUAAAGACAAAGGAAAAAGUGCAGCAGGAGUGGUAUCUGAGGAACUGGAAAGCUUUUUUGCAUGAUCCUACAGUUCCAGGCAGUAUUUGCAUUGCAGAUUCUGUCGUAAGAAUAUCCACGCUGUAAGCAUCGCGUCUUUUUUUCUGCUUUUGUUCUUUUCGAUGUCCCACUUUAUCUUCUGAUCACAUGUCUGUUCUUGGUGCCCUGGAGUUGGCUGUCUUCUCCACUUCACUUGAGAAACUGUCAAGGGUUUUAAAAAAUAGAUAGGAAAUAUCAAAUUAAUGUAUCUGAGCUUUGAAGGGCAGCCUUGGCUCCAACUGUGUGGGAUUCUACAGGCAGAGUCUUCCGUCCUCUCCAAAGAAAGAGUGUGCCUCGCCACUGUGGCUGAGACUGAAGUGAGUUGCUCCUUCUGGCUGACUUUCCCAAUCUUGCCAGUAAAGGAAUUUUCUCAAUGAAACACUGGGCUGGAGCAACUGGGGAACUUGUGUGGUUCUGCCUCUGGAAGGUUAUAAGGACAAUUUAGGCAAAUAGCUGUUAACUAUGUAGAUGUUGUCUCAUGGGAAAGGGACAGACUAGUGCUAGGGGUGGUAAUUCCCCUUCAGACCUGGUUCCUAAUGCUAUUCUUUCAGAUAGACAGUCACCUGAUACCAGCGGAAAAGCAAUGGGUCUGCACACUUUUUUGACCCCCCAAAUACUCUCCUGGUUCUCCCUUUCUCACUUCAGAGACCCCAGAUGAUGAUCUCCCUCAAGAAGGGAAGUGUAUAUACCAAGGAUACUUUUCAGUGAGUACAAGUCAUUGCAAGAAGUGAGGGAGGAGGUAUCUUCUUCCUGGGAAUGGAGCACUUUAUUUCCUCUCAUCUGUUUCUACACUUUUGAAGAAAAUAGCUCAAAUCAUUGCCAGUGACCAGGGACAUUGUGGAAAUAGAGAAUAAAAGCAGUGAAAUAUCCCCAAGUGGUUCCAUAAUGAGUAGGGCUUGUUUCUAGGUGUGUCCUGGCACAUGGUCAUGAGUUGACACCAAAAGCAGUGGCUGCUGAGCUAUCUUCAGCACCCUAAGACUCUUCCAUUGUUACAGUGAGACUGUUACACUGUUAGACUGUAGAUAAGGCUGUGUCUGAGUUUCCACUUAGAGUAGGAGUUCUACUUUUUGGAAAAGCAUGGUUAAGCAGUUAAUUAGUUUUUAAGUUCUAAUCAUGGAAAAUAUAGUUCACUUUCAGACUCUAAUCGUUCAUCAUGUUCCUCUGAGCUUAAGACCUGUAAAGUUAAAAAUAGCACACACUGAAACUUUUUGAGGUCACUAUUGCUGUAACAGCUUUGUGAACUCCCCAAAACUCUAACAGGGUAGCUUCAUUUAAACAGCACUGCACAAAAGAGCCGACACGGUGUUAUGGUGGGGAUGCUGCUGCAGUGGAGCUGGAUGAGUCUCUGCCAACAGGAGCAAACAAGGCAGGUCAGGGGUUGAAGCUGCCUCUGACAGCCACCCAUGUCAGCUGCUCUCUGAGUGCUGGCUGCUCUGCCCACAGCACAUCUCUGCAGCCAUGAAAACAAGCAAGAAAAGUGCCUCAAACGGGCAGGACAGAUGGUGAGUGGGAAGGAUGGAGGAGCCUGGCUGUGCAUGGCGCCAGUAGCUCAGCAGCACCAGGAGGCUGGCAGCCCUCCUGGUGUUGAGUUAAAGUUGUGAAAUGGUGUCUGGUUACGCUGGCAGCCUCUCUCAAGGUGCCACACAUGCAACUGGGAAAGGAUGAAGGGGCUCACGCCCCAUGAAAUGCACAAACUUUUGACUUCCAGGGCUUUACAUCAGGUGAAGAAUGUACAGAGAAUUCCAACUCAGACAUGGCAUUGUUUCUAUACAUCUGAGGUGUUGCACAUCCCAGUUCAGCAUUCAGCCAGCAGAGGCCUUCUUAAGGAAAGACUGGUAAUACUGGGCCUCUGGGCAGGUGGGUGGAAACAGCCAGCUGGUGAGAGUGGGGACCAGCAAGGUAGGAGCUCACAGGAAAGAGCAAAGAGCAGAUCACAAAGCAUCACACUCCUGGCAAGGAAGCUAAAAGUAGGUAAUUGAGGUGACUUGCAAAUAUGGAGUCUGAAUAAUCUGACCUUCCCAGGGAAGAGAGUAGGAUCAAUCAGAGACUUUUGCGGAUCACAACAUAUUUGUCUUUGGGAGAUAAGUGAUUUGUGGUGAUGCAUUUAUGGCUGGAGGCCUUCUUCAUAGCCAUGUGAUUGAUUGCCCUUAGGAGCUGGACUGGGAAUUGUGGAAUACAACAUUCGAUUAAUGUGGUAACAAAGUGGUUCAGCAUGGAGCAUCGGCAUCUUACUUUGAGUACCUCUUGCAAACCAGCAUGGUGUGUCCUGGAGGACACGAGCUAGAAGAGCCUGAAUGCCCCAGGCACAAGCCAGGCCAUGUCCCUGACCCUGCAAUGGGCAGAGGAAUCGCAGAGCACUGUGGAGACUGGGGUUGCAGCAUCUGCCAGGAGGGUGAUGCCAGCAUGAGUGUCCCUCUGAGGACCAAAGAAAGGAGAAGAACUCCCUCAUGGCUGCCUGGAGGUAAGAUGGCCAGCCAGAGGUGCCAGUACCUGGUGGAGGAGGACAAUAGUGAGAGCAUGUGCUGAAAAUGUGGGAAUGACAGUCUGUCUUCAGGCCUGAGAUGUUCUGUGGUCCUCUGCAGGGGACUGACUGUCAGCAGACCAGGGCAGGAGCUAAAUCCUCCGCUUCCCACCAGCUGAUACUCGGAGUGGCAGGAUGCAAUAGCUCACAUGCAGAUGAGGUGCCUUCCUUCCAAGUGGUGCUUCAAUGCUUAUGUGAAAUUAGUUUAUAAAUGCUAUUUUUUCAGUGUCUUCAGGAGGUAUAAAAAAGGUGUGCUGGCACCAUGACAUGGGUCAAAGUCAAGUCAAGAAAUAAAAAUGAGGUGUCCUGGAUCCCAGGAUCCCUUUUAACCAUUUAGUGCUUAAAUUAAUUUCCAGUUAAGUUUUCACCUGAUGUGCCAUCAUGUUAUUGCAGAAUGUGUCACAGAGAGAAGCAAGAGGGAGAGAAAAGUAAUAUUUAUGAUGAAACCUUGUUUUUCACAGAAAACAUUAGCUGCUGGGAUACUACCUCAUCUUAACCUGAGUACCCUUAUAAAAACCUGACAGUGAUGAGGUUGCAGCUGUGUUCAGGAAGGUGCAGAGAUGGGGAAACACACUCCCACAUCUGACAGAGCAGCUGAAGCCUGAGCAGUGGCUGAAUAUUAUUGCAAGGGAUGCUCAUCUCAGCAGCACGAGGGACCUGACAUGGGCACAGACUCAGCUGCAGCAGCCCAGCACUGUGGGGCUGGCAGUUCCUCUGCUGAAGUGUGGCUGACGGCCUCCAACUGCGAGGUCACACAUGGGAAGGCUGGAGGUUGAUAGGUCAAAGCACAGAGCCAUAUUGUUCUGAUUUUACUAGAAUAAAAGGAUGGCAUUUCAAAUAAAUGAGAAUAAAAAUAAAAUGUCGUGGUUCUGGGCAAAGCUUCAUUCACAGUUCCCUUUGAAAGACUUCCCCAGACUUCUCUGGAGCUUGGAUCAAUCCUGGAUCAUAUUUCUUCUGAGGACUUGAGAGCUGUUUCUAUAUACUCCAUUUAAAUCCUAAGGUGUUCCUUUAGAGUAAGCAAAGAUUAAAAAGUAUUCAUAAUAAUUAACUAUUUUUCUAAUUUACAAAUUCUCUAAACAGAAGCAUUUGAUGACUAGGCUGCAAACAGCUGGUGCAGAACUAACACUCCACUGGCUUCUUCCUCACUAGGCUGUCUUCCCUGGCCCCCUGCUUCCCCCCUGGAGAAACUGGUCCAUGGCUGUUGUCUAGCUUGGCUUCACAUCAGUUCCUCACUUCCCCAUGUUGAUGUUGAGGGAACGUCGGGCAGGACACCCAAGACCUGUGGCGAUGAUGAGAACAGUAAGGCACAGGACAUGGUCCUCAAGGAUAAGAGCACUGGUGACCCUGGGAACCUGGGAGUGGGAAGGGACAAGCUUUAGUACACCACUGAACUAUGGCACUAACAUUCCAUGCUGCAGGCUGAUCGUGUGCACAGCACAGGAGAACACACACUGGCUUGAGCACUGGCAGCCUCCUGCCCACUCCUCUCCUUCCCCUGGAGAGCUGUAUCUUCUGUGUAAACUGAGGGAGAAGCAGGUUUUACAGGAUUCCUGUUAAACCCAGCUGAGACUUCAUCAAGCACACAGAGGCUGGUAGAUAGCUACUCUCCCCCAUUCUCCUCCCUCCUGUCCCCAUCCUUCCUGGACUGAAGCAAUGGUAGUUGGUCCCACCAUCCCUUCUGUUUUCCUUGGCUGGUGUCAGUUUUCCCCUCGUCUCAGCAAAGCCACUGGUAACACCAGUGCACCAGUCAGGAAGUUGCACCUAGCUGAUCCCCGAGGGCUGUGGCACCUUUGUGUUGCCAGCAGCUUGUCCAGGGGUACAGGGAGCUGGGUCUGGCUUUCACAGGCUGUAGCAGACUAAAGCCUGCUCCUGCCAAGGUGAGGACAGCUCCACUCUGCAACCACAGGACAAGUGGAUAGAUGCAUGCUGCCAUCAGCCCUUUCAGGAUUUCCCUGCAGAGUGGGAGCAGGGGCAAGGGCACCUGCCCAGAAACCUCCAUGCAGCAGGACUGGCUGUGGUAGGGGGCAAGCAGCUGGCUAGGCACGAAGCAAGCUGAAAAAUACUGAGUGGCACAGCCUCAUGUCAAUCACUUGGUCUCACUAAUCUGGCAGUGGCUGGGAACUGCAUCCCAGGAGCUUUCCUGAGGCUAUGUGAUGCGUUUAUCAGUUAACUGGUAAGUGUUGAGGUAAGCCAUGUUAUACCUGUAAAAUUCAUCCUGUGUCUACCAGAAACCACAAAUAUGCAAGGCAGAAGAGUAGGUAAUAUGAACUAAGCAUGAUGGGUACUAGAAGUAUAGAAAAAAAGAACUGUUCUUAGAGCUACUCUCUUGCUCUGAGGCAGCUCAAAUCCUAGCUGAAUCCCAGCUUUUCUUUCCUGAUGAACUCAUACCCAGCAUUGGCAUUACUGGGAAAAAUUCUCUGCCACCAAGUGCGCUCUUUGUGUUGUUACCAAGUCAAAAGCCAGUGACAGCAACAUAAGCAAUCUGGGGGGAGAAGCAAUGAUUUUGUUAGUGCAGCAUUUUUGUGCUCUUGUAAGAAGCUGCCGCUAAAAUAGCCGUAAUUUCUAUUUUGUAAAUGGUGACCACUUUGUUGCUAGGAUUCCUUGGAACUGAAAAUGUAAUUGCACAGCUUUCCUUGGAGCAGCAUGUGGAAGUGUCACCCAUGGAUGUGUCUAGGGCCAAAUUCUUCACGACACUCACAUAUGUACCCUUGCAUUUUAGUGAGUGGCUUUCCCAUCCUGCUGCAAUGAACAGCAUAUAUAUUGUCUGGGAUCCAAAUGUCUUUACUUUCUGAGAUUUCCUUUAUUUCUACUUGAAGAACUCAGGAGUAUCCUGCAAGAGUUAAUGCUGAAUCUGACAUUUAAGAGGACUGGAGGCUCCUUCCAUCCAGACGUCUUCUUUCCUCAUCUUCAGAUGCUGGGUACAAUUCCUAAGGGUGAAUGUUGUGAAAUAACAGACUGUAUGGUAUUUCAGGGCUGGCAUCUGAAGUUCAGGUGGAUCAGCAAUAUUUGUGUCUUUUCAUAGUUUUGACUUGAUGCACCUUCCUACCCUGAGGUGUUUCUCCUGACAGCUCCGUUGAUGGAAGGAGGAGAUUGAAUCUCUGCAUGGAUUAAAAUGAGAAACCAGGUGAUCCCUGCUCACCACAGGAGGGCAGUUGCCAAAGUGAAUGUCUGAGUCAGUGACGCUACAAACACUUGGAGUGCAGAUUAUUAUUUUCAAACCUAGUAACAGCAUUUCUGCUGUGCAUUGACAACAUGGCCCCUGCCUGCAGGAGUUUUCAUUCUCACAGGAGUUUUGUGGCAGAAGAGCAAAUGGUGCAUCUAAAAUAUACGUGCAGCAACCAAUGUGCUACUUGUUCAUGGACUGCAGUGCAAUUAUCUUUGAUGCAAAAUGACUUUUUUUUUUGUUGCCUUCUAUCUCUUUUAUUUCCUUUCCCCCUGUGCUUGCAGCCAUGCUGAUAGCACUUGCUACUGGCUCAGCAUGAGUUAGGGGUAAUGGGCUUCUUGUCGUUCAAGAUGGAUGGCAGGAGGAAUUUUGUUUCGGGUUCCCCAGGAGGGGAUUGAUGAGAUUACUGUCGUAAUAUCUCCCUUUUCCCUCACCAGGCCUUAUUACUGAUACCCCACGCAGUGCCCAGGUUCGGUCACAUGGUGAAGGAGCACUUCUACUCACCGUUACACCAACAUCUGGUUUAGCACAGCCCUGCAGGCUCAGUGUACUAAUAAGGAUCUGACCUAGGAGUUCAUUUGGCCCUGGAAAGCAUUAAGAUGUUCUACUGUGACACUUGUGCAGUCGUCUUCUCCCUGACCACCCCAGACGCCAGGAUUAUCUCAGGAGCUGGAAGAUGAUAGAUGCACCUGCAUCUGUUGUGGCUGCUUUGGGACAGUGGAUAGAAAUCUGCUUGUUCUUCUUGUAUCAUCCCUGUCCACUGUAGAAGUGGUGAAGCCUUUUCUCAGCACCAGAGGCUGGUCACAGUGUCAGGGCUCACCUCAGUUAUGAUUAACAGCACAGCCUAGGCUAGGCUUUGUCUAUCAGGGACUCAGUGGUCCUCUCCGUGUUAUGUCCUGCUAUGUCCAUCCAGAGGUGGGACCAAGAUGAAGAAAUCUCUCAUAGUUAGAAAGAAAAUUCUACUUUCAUCCAGGCAGGUCACCAUCUGCCAAAGUGUAUGACUUGUGGCUGUUAAUUAUUCCUUCCCAUUUGGGUAUCUCUUUGGGAUGUAUUAAUCACAAGCAUAAAUCCACAGAGGCAGUUUCAAUUAUGACUGGUAUUAAUUUAUCCACCAUUCUUCUUUCUUCCCUAGUUUUAUUUAUUUUCUUCCAGUUCUCUGUCAGUGCUUCCACCACUCUUUUUUUUCCCCAUGGACAAGAAGAUUAUUCUUGCUAAGUAAAAGAGGUAAAAAUAAAAAUAUAAGAUUGGCUCUGCUUACACGAGUAAUCCCAAGUUGGGAGGUCAUUUUGUUGUUGAAGACAGUUAAAGACACCCUGUAGCCCCAAAGCCGGGUCUUGGCAGGGAGCAGGAACAUGCUGUGAUGCUGCAUAUCUUUCUGAGACACAGCUGCAGCAUCAGUCCUGCAGCAUGCUGUCACCUCCGUGGCCUCUCUGGGCCAAUUUAGCACAACUUUAUCCCACCCCCCAGGCUGUGGGGAGGAAAUAGGGACAUAGAUCUGUUUUUUGGAGAAAAAACAGCAGCGAGAAAGCAGCCAUUCAGGAGUAGCUGUUUUCCAGGUCAUAGAUGGACUGGGAGGACUGCUGGCUCAUACAGUGCUUUUGUGCUGUCAGGCUCAGUGCUUCUUCUGUUGAUGUUCACCUUGGUCCUUUCUCUAGGGCUGAUUCCCUCCUGCCCCUGCCCAGGCUGGGUGGUCUCUGUCCUCACCUGACAGCACCCUUCCCCUGCCUCAACACUGGCAUUUGAGCAUGUCUUGUCUAUCCUUUUCCGUCCUUCACUUCUUCCCACCUUCCAUGUUUCCCCCUGAUUUCUCAUUUUCCAUUCAGGCCAUGUCUUUGCUACCCUCUGCUUUCUCUCAUUCUUUCAUUAUAGACAUGAUAGCAUUUUGCUUCAGCAAAAUUGCAGCUCUUGAGGUCAGCCACCAAGGACAAAUGCACGUGGGGUUUAAAAAGACAGGAAACAAUUUUGGCAUGAUUUCCCCAAAGGAGAAUUUUAAUGCUUUUGAAAUUGUGGAACACAGAUGUCCGUCUGUGAACCAGAUACAGACAGUCAAACUUGGGACCCAAACUGUCCACAAAACAAACAGAAUAAAUUCAUGCUAUGGCAGCAUGUUUUCUGCUUAUACAGCUCGUGCAGGAGUUUUCAAGGAGACUGAAGAAUGAAGGCUGACAGAAGAGGAAAAAGUCGUUUUGUCAGUAGAGAUCUAUGAAGGAAUAGCAAGGAUAAGGCAAAAUUAUAGAUCAAAUUUUUGAAGAAUAUGAUUCUGCAUUGCCUUUGGACACAGACUAUUUCUUCACCUAUUGUUGUCAAUUUGGCAACUUUCAGUUCAAAUUUAUUUUGCCAAAACCAGAAGGGGACAAAACAAGAUUUUCCCAUUGUCACUGUAACCAUGUGCAUGCUGUAAGCAUUACUGAGGCAGCUAGAAAAAAAUGGGCUUCAAGUCCAUACUGCUAAACAGCUACUUUUGGAGUAAAAUACAGCUACUGAUGAAGAGCAUACAGUAACAGCAAACUAGGUGAUAAUGUGCUCUACUGAAGCUUUGGGAGAAGUUCUCUAAGUAUUGUAUGCAGAACUGCAUGUGGAAUUAUUCCUGGCAGUGAGCACAGGAAGUGUGAGGAGCACCUCAGUGACCACAUAAUGCUUACAGCCUUGUUUUUGUGAUUGACACUUAGCUUUGUGAAAACAGUUGUCUUGUAUAAGUUAAUGGGAUAUUUAGCCAUUAGACUGGCAGGGUUCUGCAGGAAUAAUUACCAUAUAUGACACUACCCACUGGAAUUAAGCAUAAAAUUACUGCUGGUAACAUUUACAGUUGGCACAAACAUUAGCAGGCAGGUCUGUAACGAUGAGACAAGCACAAUUCUCUUAAGGGAUCUGCUUCAUUUGAUAAUUUAGUUAUUCAAUCCAAAGCCAAACCUGAAGUUACACAUCUCAGGGUGGAGAGUGCAGCCAACCCUUCAGCUGUCCUCAGAAACAGUGACUCAAAAAAUACCUGGGAGUCAAGAGAGUGAGUGGUUGAACAUGAAUUCCUGGGAUGUUGCUAGGCAGAAAUCUACUAAUGCAACUCUUGAAGGCAGUAAAAAUGGGGGGAAUCAGUGGGAAUGGAAGGUGAUUUUAUGUUUUGCUGUGAUGACAGUGAAAUAAGUGCUGAACUCCUGUAUUUACUUGCAGGAUACAGACUUCAGAAGGAUCUCAAGGUGCUAAAGAGAGGGCAGAGCAUCAAAAAGAGCUAGAGCAGUGAAGGACUUGAAGACCUUGGCUCAUUUAAAUUGUCAAAAAGAAGGCUGAGGGAUGUAAUAAUUAGCAUGGAGAAAUAUCUUCAGAGAAAGAAGGCAAUCAUAUGAAAGGAGUCUUUCAUCACUUGGAGAAUGGGCAUCCUCACUGCCAUGAAUGGGGGCUGAAGUGAGACAAAAUUACAAUGGCAAUAAAAUUUCAUCACCAGAACAAAUUAUAAAGAGGAUUGCAGGUUCUUCAUUUCUUUUAGUCUAUCAGUUAGAAUGUCUUUAAAGAAGAUGAGCUUUUACCAGCCACUAGUUAUUGGGCUGUACACAGGAUGGUAGAGUGAAAUUGCAUUGUCUGUGAGAUACAGGAGCUAUGGGGGAAAGGCAUAGUGUCUCGCAGUCUUAAGGUGUAAAUGUAAUUUGGGUUGUAAUAUAAGCUGAACUUUUCUGACCCAGAAUAACCUCUCAAUGUUGGUAGGAGAAAUUUCUGUGUCUCCCUAUAAGUGCUAAAGAACUGUCUGGCUGUUUGUUCUACCAUAAGGAUCCCUGCCAUGUGGCUAGUGGGAGAGUCCUGCUAUCAGGUAUGCUUGUAUCCAGAGGUCAGCGAAAGCAGUGACCCAACACUGGUAAAACAGAGGCUCCAGAGUUUCAGGUUAGGUACUCAAAAACCUGGGCUGGUGGAAUCAGUCUGGGCUUCUCUGAGUGUGGCAGUGUGUCACUUCCUCCUCCUGCUAAGGGACAGCUCCCAUGGAACAAUGGGGAUACCCAGACCACCUCAACUUGGACCUUGGGGAAUUGAUUCAUUCUUAUGUACUUGUCAGGAGAAAGGGGACCUUGACUGACAAGCACAAUUCGCUUACCCAGAAAUGUUCUGGUUCUCUAGCAUCAUUGUUACAUUUCAAGUAUACCUUUUAAGGAAAAAUCGGAGUUUGAAGGAAAUUAAUUUUUUUCAUCCUUGGCCGCCCCCAAUGCAGUCACUUGCAGGCUCAUACAGCAUGGUCACCAGCUACAACUUACCUCCCAGUGUCCUAAAUCUGGUCGCUUGUGAGGAGUCAAGGGAUGGGUCAAAGAGACAAACCCUGGCCACCAACCCUUUGCUCUUGCCACCAGAGCACACUUGGCUCCAGAUGCUAAGCAGGGGGCAUGCCAGGCUGUGCGCUCCCCCUCCACUCUCCUUCCACCCCUUAUACUACACAAGAUUAACAGCCCAAAUCUGCAUGAUCUUGUAACACAGACCACGUUUUAAUUAUUUUAAUUAUGGUUGCUGCAGCCAGAACCUGGUCUGGCUGCUGUUGAGCCAGGAGGAGUAGUGGGUGGGUGUGCCCGUGCAAGGGAGGCUCCAGUCCGCCCUUGCAUACCUGCUUUUGAUCUUGGGCAUCUGCCAUCAGAGGGCGUCUUUGAAGGCAAUUGCCCUUUCAGCCACUGCCUGGAUGUUUUAUCAUUUGCAAACAAGGUUUCUUAAAGGAGAAAUAAUCGAAAUGUUGCCAACCUGGAAACUCCUGUCUGCUACAGGUGGCAGUUGAAAUUCCUGUUUUGCAUUGGCAGUUAGGGCUUUCCAGACUAUUUUCCAGCAGCUGUGGCAACAAAUUAAAUAGCAUCUAUCAUUUAGUGUCUUAGAAUGCUCCACACCACCAGGCAGCAAACAGAGGAUGGGAGGAUUUGGAGUUGACUUCAUUUUGUGUGGUACACAGGCCCUUUGCUCUGCUUGAGGUUUCUGGAAAUGAUGGGCCUAAGAACCCCAAAGCAAAUUCAGAGCAGUGCUGUAGGGCUGACUGACUGUCUGGGACAAGGGACAGCUCGGGGCAGGGCCAUCCCUAAACCUUGUCCCUCUCCGCAAGGCUCACAGCACAGACACCGACAGCCCUCCCCACACAUGCCACCUCUUACUCAUGGCAUUUUCCCCAUUCAUGCUGAGAUCUACUAGAGAAGCUGGCAAAUAUUUUUUGAUUAUUGUUUUUAAGUGUGAAAAAUUAAAGUGAAUUUUAGCAUGUGAUUAUGGACAGUUUGGUAAGAGUUAGGAAUUUCCAAUCCAGUCGGGUGCAAUGAGAAGAGAGGCCUCUGAAAGUGGUUCAGCAGCAUGCCAGAGCAUAGCAAGGUGUUAUUUACAGUGUUUAUUUUUAACACAACUUGAAAUUCAUAAACAAUGAUACUGACAGCUCAGCUAUGCUUCUUCACAGCAUUCCUUCCAAAACAGGAGAUAUUUACAAAUUUUACUAUCAUGAGAGCUGGUUGGGACCUUUUGGGUGAAACAUUUGAUUUGACAAAUUCAUCCCUCUUCACGAUACGUGGUUUUAGAAUCAAAGAACAGUUUGGGUUGUCAGGGACCUUCAAAGACCAUCUAGUUGCAACCCCUCUGCUAUGAGCAGGGACAUCUUGCUCUAGACUAGGUUGCUCAAAGCCAUGUCCAACCUGUCCUUGAGCACUUCCAGUGAUGGGGCAUCCACAACUUCUCUCAGCAACCUGUGUCUCAUUUAAUCUGUCCUGAUGUUGACCUGAUGUUUCUCAGGUCAACGCUGGAGCAAAGCCUAAAGGAAAGCCCCCGCAACCAGGAGAGGAAGGACACCUCUAUAGAUUUGUGUUAGACUCCCAAGUCUGCAAGUACUGGCUCAUGGAAAAAGUGCCUGGUGACUGAGCCUCCAUCUAUUCUGGUUUUGACUCUGGCUUUCUGUUAGGCUCCCUGUCUUUGCUUUCUUCAAUUAUGUUUCUCUAUUAAGAUUUUCCAGAAGUUAUGCUUUUAUUCCACAUCAAAACAACACGGAUCCCACAGCGUUCCUCAGAGGACUCAAUUCCCGCUCACUGGCUGACCCAAGUUAUCAUGGAAAUUGCUAGUUUCCUUAAGUAUUUAUUGUACUCAUCCAGAAAUACAAGCUUGCCCCGUUUUGAUCUGAAACACUAUGCAUGGAAAGGAGAAAAUUUCACGUAGUACCACAAACAUAAUUCUUGCAAGAAGGUGGUAUGUUAAUUAAUAAAGUCUGGGAGCCACUGGCUUAAUACAUUAAUGAUUUUGUUACGCAGAGACAGAUGAAAAGAUAUAUUUACUUAUUAGAUUUUUGAACGUCUGAUACCUUUAUUGUAAUUAUGUUCUAUUUCAUGUCUUUCUUACAAACACUCUAGUAGUGUUUCUAAUAGUAUAAUUGUGUUAGAUAAAUAUUUCAGUGAAAGGAAGGAGACAUAAGGGGAUAUAGACCAGAUGAAUGUGUUCAGAACUUGAAAUAGGUGGGACAGCUGAGAGGUAGAUCCUGGAAAAGAGAUCCUUUUGUAAUGGAGGACUUCCAGACAGUGUGAUUUGCUUCGGAACAGUGGUGGGAAUGAGAUGGUGGGUCAGAAGAGCCAGGAGAAAAAAACUGUGUUUUCACCAAAGGGUUUUGAACAUGAAGGUCCUGCUGAACUGGACAGGUAGGUGUAUGAAUCAGAUGUGGCAGUGGGUUCUAUGGCUGCAUGCCUUCAGUAAUACAAAGACAAGAGAAGCUGCCUUUUCCACAGGCUGCAAUGAAAACAGUGGAGAAAACCUGGCUUGGGCUGAUCCAGCCCUUUCAGUGCAGUGGGUUGAAGACCAUUUUUGAAGUGCCUCCAGAGGAUGCAUACAGAAAUGUCAUCUUGGACCUGCAAGCCUCAGAGCUACUGCUAACCCAGCUGGAUGCUGCUUCAGGACUGGUGAAACCAGAGCUAUCUCAUCCCCCAGAGCAACGCCCCGUGAAACAGUCCCUGAGUGCUUGCAUGUGCCGAGAGUCCCACUGGAAAUGCCUCCUCCUCUCCAUCCUCAUGUACGGCUGCCUGGGUGCAGUGGCCUGGUGUCAGCUGGCCCGAGUCACCAAGCUCAGCUUUGAUAGCUCCUUCAAGGGCAAGUCCAUGAUCUACCAUGACAGCCCGUGCUCAGAUGGCUAUGUCUAUAUCCCACUGGCCUUCCUCUCUAUGCUGUAUGUGGUAUACCUGGUGGAGUGCUGGCACUGCCAUGUCAAGAGAGAGCUGCAGUACAAGGCAGAUGUGGACAGUGUCUAUGAGUGCAUCAACCGCAUGCAGCAAGCCACUCCGUGCAUCUGGUGGAAGGCCAUCAGCUAUCACUUUGUACGGCGAACACGGCAGGUGACCCGGUACCGCAAUGGCGACGCCUACACCACCACACAGGUCUACCAUGAGAGGGUCAACACACACGUGGCUGAAGCUGAAUUUGACUACUCGCACUGUGGAUACAAGGACAUCUCCAAGGAGCUCCUGGGCUUGGAGAGCCAUACAGCCACCAAGUUGAGGUUCACCAAGUGCUUCAGCUUUGCCAACAUUGAGUCUGAGAACUCUUACCUGACUCAGAGAGCUCACUUCUUCACAGAGAUCGAGGGGCUGGAUGACUACAUGGAGGUGAGGGAAGGCAUGCAGCUUAAAAAUGUGGAUUUUAAGGAGCUUAUGAUGGCCUACGGAGACCCGGAUCACCUCCCGUGGUACGUGUCCCACUAUGCUUUCUGGGUGGCAGCCAUCCUGAUGAUUUCGUGGCCGCUCAGGGUACUCAUAGAGUAUCGGACUGCUUAUGUCCACUACCACGUGGAGAAGCUGCUGGGCCUGGAGUACACAGCCCCCACCGCGGCAGAGGAGCCCUUGUACCGGUACCGCAUGCCCCGAGACACCACGCAGGACAGCACCGAGCUGGAGUGGCACAUCUGCACCAACCGGCAGCUGAUCCCAAGCUACUCGGAGGCCAUGCUCAUGGACCUGGCCAACUCCCCGACCUACAACACCUACACAGUGUGUCGUUACGGCGAGGCAGCCCAUGGCUGUGAUCGCUGCAACCAUACCUCCAGCACCUCCUCCAUCUUCUCACGCCAUGCUUUCCACAGCUGCAGCGGCAACUCCCGCCUCUCCCUCAACACCAGCCGCUUUUCCCUCUGCCGCAUUCAUGGCUCCCACAGGACAGGCCUUUGGAGGAGCCGCAGCAGCAGCAUUGCGGAGCGGGGCUGCCAGGAUGAGCAGUGCUGCUCCUACUCUAGCCAGCUGGCUGUCAACGAGAGCCCCCCAACCUACCACGAUGCCCGGUUCUUCCCUGUCCUGAUUGUGCACAGGCCGGAGGGGCACGAUGGGCGGCAUUUCUACGUCAGGCGUUCUUCCUGUCUAGAAACCUCUCUGUGACAAGUUUCUGUGGUUAUUUGGCUUCUCUGCCCCGGGACACAGAUUUCAGAGGUGCCACCAGUGGGGAGCCUGCAAGCAUCAGUCUCCACAGCAGGUCAGCAGGAUGAGCUUCAGCUCUUCCCCCUUCAGCAAGAGGACAUAUUCACUCUGACCAACAGAUAACCUCAUUUCCAAGAACUUCUCCCCCUCUGGCUGGUCUCCCUAGUCUUUUGUUCCCCAUUCCUCUCACUCUUUCACUCCUCACCCUUUCUCUGCUCCUCGAUUCCCUGCAUCUCCUCCCAUUCCACCUGCAUUCUUUUUUUAUGUUUCAGUCACCUUUAACUGCUGUGGAUGCUGGAAGAUUUUUAAAGCCUGUGCUUUUCCAGUACAUUUGCCCUCUUGGAUGCUUUGCAAGGUAAGAAACUCAGAUAGAGCAAGGUGCAAGGCACGUAGCCAGCCAGAGUCAACUCAGAAGCAGAAUUCAGAUCUGCAGGUGCUGAGUCACCUCCUGCAAACCCCAAAUGAAGUGCUUUUUUUAUUAUUUUAUUUUCCCCAAACUUUUUUCCUCUUCUUCUGCUAUUCCUUCUCUCCUUUCUUCAUGUGCUCCUCCUCUUGCUUUACCUUCAUCUUCAUUUUUUUAGUUCUCUUAUUUCUGCUUUCCGGUUUUUCUGGGGUUUUGCCAGUGAGGAUAUCUUUAAGAGUGUAAUUGGACAAAAGUAAGGUUGUCACAGCACAAAUGUCACUGCUCACAUAGCCACAAAUUAUUAGGCCCCUGAGAAGUGCUAAGGACUUUCUUCCAGGAGCCGUGACAUACACCAAUAAAGCAAAAUGCCCUUUGCUCACCUUGCCCUGCCUGGUCUGCAGCAGAGACACUGCUGUGUUUCCAGCUGUAGUUACCCUUGUCCAGCUCCACCCUUGUUAGCAAUCGUUGAGAGCCAUAAUGUAGAUCAGUGCUCUGUUAGUGCCACUAUUUUUAGUACUGUAGGUCUGUGGUUGUUUCACUCCUACCACCUGCUCAGCACAGUGCAGGCUUGACAAGGGAAGAGGGACUGGAGAGGGAAAGGUAAAUAUGGUAUUAACCCUCCCACAGGGAGUCUGGAGCUGUUAGGAAGCUCUUCCACCCACAAUGUCUAUUACAGCAGUUGUCGGACUGCUCUACGUUAUCUUUCAGCUUUCUGUGUGCCCUGGGGAGGGCUUUUGGCCCAUAGCCCACUGCCACCUUCCCAGGCAAGAUGCAGUGACACCCCAGCCCCAGGCAGGGAGCACAGCUGGGAGCCAGCCCCACUGGCCAGUCCUGCUUGGACCUCCAGGCUCUUCCCACAAGGCUUCCCCUGGAGCAGGUGUAGCAUCUUCCGGAAUUAGUCCCAGCCAUUCCAAAUCCAUAAGGUGUCUGGUCUUGACAGAGCACCCACUGCACUCUGGGCUGUGGGAUGCCCUCCAGAUUAGGCCAGAGACCCUCUGAGAGCCAGGGACGGAUGCAAGAAACUUGUGGCCACACUGAGGACCCACCAGGGACCUUGCACCUGCCAAACCUCCAACCCAUGAGGGAUGGUCAUAUGCUGAGCAAGCUCCAUACCAUUUUGUCACGAGGCUGGUGGAGAUUGUUGUCUGCUCUGACUCACAAGAGAAUGCAAUACAAUUGCAAUAUGGUCACUGUCAAGAACAAAGUGUUGUGUCACCCUAACUUACAAGUAGGUAAGACACUGAGCCCCCAGAGGGACUGGGAACAAGUGCUUCCUCCCAGGUCUGUUCUGUGUGUAUCAACAUGCAAUAUGAGAUUUGUAAUGUCAUCUUAGUUUGUGUAGAUUAUAUGUAAGUCUGCAGACUAACGGCAUUGACUGUUGCACCGUGUUAAAUACAUUUUGUUUUGGUUUUA